GUUUUUAGAUUGUUCGUGUUACUUUUUGUUAUAAAGUAUAAAAAAGUACGUUGUGUUCAAGCUUGUUCGUGUAAACGAGGCGUUAUAGAACAGUCUCAAUGGAGUUUUAGUUUACAGUAAUAUAGAAGGUUGAAGUUGAUCGUUAGUAUCAACUAGUUUAGUUUUGAAUUUGAAUCUUUAUUUGAAGAAGGAAAUGGCUGAGACUAGUGAUAUUUCUUCUAUUAGGAGGGAAACCGAUAAAAAAGACAAUGAUAAAGCUCUAACAGCCCUUCUUCACAAAUUAGCUUUUGAUGACUUCGCUUUGUUGGACACAGCAGCAUUUGUUGAUGAUGACUGUUCUUGUGAAUCCUGUAAUGAAAGAAGGACUCUGACUACGGAAAGUAUAGAAGAGAUAAAGAUGAUCCAAUCUUGCUGGCUUGAGCUGAGACAAUAUAUAAGAAUUGUUUAUCGAUUAAGUAUGAAGGGGUCUUUAAAAAGCAUCGAUGAAGAUUAUCAAGAGUAUAUGAAGGAUAUUGUUGCCAAGCUUUUUGAUGUAUGUGAUCCGCAUCAGCUUUAUCAAAGAUUGGAAGCUCAGGUAAAAGAAUUCGUCAUUGAAGUUAAAGUUCGACUUCUUCAAUUUUUGGAUAAAUUGUCUGAUAAUUCACAACUUCCUCAUAUAUUUAUAUCAGGUUUGCUUGAUCGUUACAAUAAAACUAUAAGUGCUGCAAAUGUUAUUGCACCUGUUCUAAGUCAACUUGAAGUCGAACAUUUACAACAGUUUAAUCUCAGUUGGAAAUUACUUAAUCAACGUUUAUUUCACACUAUCAUAUAUACAGAUGUUUUUUUCCAAAAUAGUGUUCCACUAUUUAUAUCUCAGCUUGGAAAAGCAAAUGACACAGAUGAAAAUAGAGAACUUGUGAAAGAAUUCCUUGCUUUUGAUAAUGAAAUAGGUCAAAUAACUGGAAUAUGGUCAGACAUUGAAACAAACAUUCAGAACUACUUGGAACAUAAAGCAACACUCAAUGAGAAGAGGAAAUUUCUCAUUCAUGAUUGGGAAGAAUUUAAGGCUGCUAAAAGACAUGAAAACAUGGGGCUUUUUGAAAGACCUAUUGGUACUCAUGGAAGACCAGCAGUGCAGAUAGAAGAACUGCAAGCUAUAAAUCUUGAAGGCCUUGACCCGGACAUACUUGCAGAAUCUUGUGAGUGCCAUGUUUGUCUGGAUGCUUCGUCUCACACUCCUGUUGAAUUAAUUGAACAAGUAAUUCCUAUUAAUUCACACCGAGGGGGAUUCCAUUUAUAUCCUCAUAUUCAUGGAACAAGAGGAGAUUUUGGACAAUUUGUACCUGAAUGUGAAUCUGAAGUGUGUGCCCAAAUUUCUGACCAUCAGAUUUGGCAAGGGUCUUUCCAGAAAAGUAAAUUUAAUCGUUUGGACCAUUCAAUAUCUGUUGCUAAGAAGGGCACGAAUAAAAGUCUGAGGAACACAAAGGACUCAAGCACUGAAACAAAUCCUCAUCAUGUUCAUUGUUCUAAGCAUAGUGACAUAAAAAGAAUUCAAUAUGCUGAUCUUACCAUUGCCCCAGUUUUGGAGCUGCCAGAAGAAGAUGAAGGCCAAACAAAUGAUGAUUCUCACUCAGAUAAUUCACAAUCAGACCCACGACAUUGUGACUGUUGUUAUUGUGAGGUAUUUGGGCAUGGACUUCCUUCUGCUGCUCCUAUGAGUCGGAACUACCAAGAAAUGAGAGAACGUUUAAGAUUAUUACUGAACAAAAAAAAGUCAAAAUGUAAAAGUAACAUUCAAGCCCAGCCUUUACCUCAAAGAAAGCAGCAACCUUCUGGAGGAAACACUCUUGACUCGAAUUCUGAAAGAGAUACCAGAGCAUUAGAAGAUCUUCUUGAUUUUAUAGAAGGCACAGAAGUUAAAUGCCGUAAUGAAAAAAAAGCAGCUAAAAAAGCUAGACAAAAGGAAAAAAAGAGAAUUUUGAUGAAUAGAAAAAAACGUGAAGAGGAGGAAAAAGCAAGACUUUUAGAAGAACAAAAAAAAAGAGAAGAGGCUUUAGCUUCUAAGGAAGCAGAAGAAAAAGAAAAACUUAAUACUAGUAAACAUAAAAAAAAAUCUAAAAAUGGUCAUACACUAGUUCAAACCAGUAAGUCUUCAGUUUCUACCAACAAACCAGCACCACAAAUGGUUACUAUCAAAAGGGUUAUGGAACCUCACAAUUCAGAACCUACAGUUACUAUAACAUUACGUGGUGCUACGCCUAAUCAAGAUAGAGUACUUUAUACUUUACUUAAUGGACAAGUUUGUAAAGUGAAGGACGUUCCAAGUGAUAAAAAAAAUAUUACUAGUUCUGUUAAAAACUCAAAUACAUUGAAGACCAAUAAUUCUUCCAAUUCUGGUUUAAAAUUCAAAGAUAUUCCAAAUGAUCAAAUAAAAUCUGAAAAACAUAAAAAAGAUAUUGUAAAAUCUGAAAAUGUGCAAUCAGCCCCGCAGAAUGGAAAGUUUGUUAAAGAUUUAAGUAAUCCUACAUCAAUUCAGAUUAAUAAUGCUAUUAAUAGUAUGUCAAAAAAAGUUUCACCUGCAUUUAACAUAGCUGACAUUAAACUACCUCCCGGGAUUACAAUUACAAAAGUUGAUCCAGCUAGCAUUCAUGCAAGGAAUACUAAGAUACAGGAAAACAAUGUUAAGAAAAGUAAUUCUAAUCAGGUUAGGCCCCCUUCAGAAGUAAUAGUUGUAUCAACUGGCAAAAGGAAGGAUUCCAUUUUAAAAGAAUCAAUAGCAGAUGGGCAAACUGGAAAAAGGAAAAAAAACAAGAAGAAAAACAUAUCUGAUAUAUCAACAAAUAACUCUGUAAUAUCUACCGGCAAAACACCAGCAUACCCUGGACUUGAAAUCCAACCAAUUAAAAUUAUUGAUACUGACAAAGAUCAAGAGCUUGUUAACCAAAUGUCUGUACUUACCAUCAGUCCUUACAAUGAUAAUAAGACUUAUGAUCAUAAAGGUGAAAGUAAAAAGAGAAAGAAGAAGGCAAAAAAAACUAUUUCAAACAAUUCCAUCAAUCCUGAAGAAUGGAAACUGUUGGAUAGUGUAUUUGCACCAAAGGACAUUGAUCUUGACGAUGGAGAAAUUGAUGAAACUGAAAGAGAGUUGGAAGCAUUCAAAAGGUUUUGUUUACAGUCAAUUCCUCCUGAAAGAAAAGAGAAGGUACAUUUAAACAUAAAGGAUAUUGUGUUAAAAAAGAAAUCUGCCUCAUGUAAUUAUUAAACGCAUUGGUUUGAUGUGAUUGUAUCACAUGAGAUGUCAGUUUUUUAGGGUUUCAUAAAUAAAACUUAUUUUAAUCUUUUAUUUAUGAACUGUUCUUAUUUACAGAGUGACUUAUACAGAGGGCGUUUAAAAAAAUGUAUAUUCGAGUGCUAUCUCUGUAAUCCUAAGUUAUUGUUUCGGUGAGGUGGGGGGAGGGUGUUUAGAUUACCGAAAUGUUCAGAUUAUUGUUUGGAAAAACUACUGUCAAUUAAAGAUCAAAAUUCAAUAAUAAAAAGUCUUUAUUAAAUGUUAUAGUGUAUACUUAAUUACAAACAUUUAUUUUAUAAGAAAAUAUUUUUUUUCUUUUUAUAUAACUUAGUCAUUUCUUUUAGUUUUGAUAUUUUCCACUGCUCUUCUUAGGUGUAGAAGAAUUUGUUGUCAUUGCAUGUUGUUCUCCAUUGCCAAUCAAAUGCAGUAAUUGAAAUGAGAAAUUGUGUCUUAGUGCUUUUCUGUCAUUCUAUUUUUAUUAAAGGAUGGGAGGAGGACAAUUUGAAUUAUUGGAGCAUUGAAGUUUGGAUUAUUGAGAUGUCACUCCUUAUGUAUAUAUAAUUAAAUGAAAAACUAUAUAAUAAAAUUUCUACUAAGGUUAUCUAAAUAGUAUGGUGCUGUGAUGGUCUUGGCUUCCUUUACUGUCCUCAUUCAUUUAAAACAACCUUCUGCAGUUUUUCUGUUAUGUCAAGGUUUUAUGAAAUUUAUUCCCAUUAAAAGCAAGUUAUUUUCUUCACAAUAUUUCUUUCUUUGUGUGAUCAGUUUUUAACAUUCUGCUUUUUAAAACAUAGUCCAAACUCUUGAAAACAGAUAAUUAGUUCAUGCAUUUUGUAGGUUCUGAAAAACUUAAAGUUUUAAGCUCUGAUCAAUCGCAAAAUGAAUAAUAAUUCGUUAUUAAUAAUAAAUAAAUAAAUAAAUAAUUAGUUAUACAUGAAUAUCGGCUAAUUCUUAUAUUCAAAAUUAAAAUCCCAUUCUAUUUACAGAUUGUUCAGUCGAUAUUAUAUGCAAUCAUGUUUUAUUUAUGCCACUCCCAAAACUGACGUAUCAUAUCAAUAACAAUCAGAUGUUUAAGACAGGUAUUUAAUAAACGUCAAUUUUUUUCAUAAGUGUUUUUUAUCAGUGUUGACAUGAUCAUAAAUAUUAAAAAUGUUUAUGUUAUUUUUAUUUUAUAUUUAUCCUGUUAUAUUACUUGUUAUAAAAUGUUUACAAUGUACCUAGUAGCUUUAUAACAUUUAAGAAAAAUGUUGAUCAUUAAUCAUGAUAAAUGUAUGUGUUAAAUAAAUAUUAAAUAAAAAAACCUGACUCAAACCAUUGAAUUGUGUAUUUUGUUUUCUCUGAACUUAUCUAAUGUUGUUACAUUUGUUAGUUUAUAAUAUUUGUUGUACUGAGUGUAUCCUAAUAUUAGUUUCUUAUGUACUGUUUUUUUCAUAUUUUAAUAUAAUAUAAAUCAUAGUUUUAUUUUUUUAUCCAUUAAAACAUUAUUUAUUUUUUAUAUUUACUGUUACUAUUAUAUUGUUUCAUUUCUCAAUACCUCACAGUUAUUACUGUAAGAUAGCAAG